CCCUAUAGGAGACUGCGACGAUACACAUCAAGCGCACACUAUAAGCCGCUCGCUCUAAACGUGACGUAUUUCCUGGAGAAAAGGGUUAGUGGCAAGUUGUUGUAAUUUUCGUCCAAUCCUGAACCGCUUUAUUGUAUUGGCACACAGCGGCUUAUUUUCCCCUUUGUCUGUCCGUGCUGUUUAAUUUGUACGUGUGUAAAUUAAAAACAGCACUACUCCAGCCAGCAAACAAACCACGUGAAAUGACUUAAACCUAUUAGAAGAAGCCUCCGAAGACAUAACUGGGCUCGACGGUGGAAGUUAACUGGCAAAAUAUAACCAUGGUGGCUGUAAGUUGGUGGAGGAUGACAAGCAAGACGGGAUAGUUGAACUGAGCACUUUUCGGUGAAGAUGGGUGCAUGCGGGUAGCCUUGUAAAUAAUCUCCCGGACCGAGUAAAGGACGCACAGUGUCAGGUUAGAUGUAAAGUUGCAAGUGAAACCCGCAGAAGGAGGAAUGGGAGUCUCCGCACGGAGGGAGGAUGAGGAGGCAUGCCGUCUCGGUCCUCACUGGUGUUUGACUUGCUAAGGCCAGUGUUCUACUUUGCUGCUGUAAGGUGGAGCAUCCCCACUCUGCCUGGGACACAGCAACAGACGGACAGAUAAACUGCGCUGUGAAGUUGUCCUUUUAAUGGAUGCCAGGGUGGCCCUACUUCUCUUGUGGACAGUCUUUGUCCUGCUGACAGCUGAACUGAAUUGGAUUGAUGCUGCAAAGGUCUAUACCAACACGUGGGCUGUCCAGAUCAAUGGGGGCCCUGGGGAAGCUGAUCGCAUCGCCAGGGAACAUGGAUUCAUCAACCAUGGCCAUGUUUUUGGAGAUUAUUAUCACUUCAGGCAUCACGCCGUGGAGAAGAGAGCUUUGUCUGGCCACAAGAGGAUGCACAUCAGACUGCAAAAAGAACCACAGGUCCUGUGGACAGAGCAGCAAGUGGUGAAAAAGAGGAAGAAGAGGGAUGUGUAUGAAGACCUAACGGAUCCUGAUUUCCCUAAGCAGUGGUACCUGUCCAACCCAACACAUCAAGAUCUGAAUACAAAAGCAGCCUGGGCUCAGGGCUACACAGGAAGAGGUGUAGUGGUCACUAUCCUGGAUGAUGGCAUUGAGAAGGACCAUCCCGACCUCAUAAGCAAUUACGACCCUGAGGCCAGCUAUGACGUAAAUGAUGGAGAUACUGACCCUCAACCAAGAUAUACACAACGAAAUGAGAACAGGCAUGGAACACGGUGUGCAGGAGAAGUUGCAGCUGCAGCAAACAAUGGUGUAUGUGGCGUGGGUGUGGCCUAUAAUGCUAAAAUUGGAGGAGUUCGUAUGUUGGAUGGGGAGGUGACAGAUGUAGUGGAGGCUCAGUCUCUUAGCCUGAACCCUCAGCACAUCCACAUUUACAGUGCCAGCUGGGGCCCGGAAGAUGACGGCAAGUCUCUGGAUGGCCCUGCCAAGCUGGCUAAGGAGGCUUUCCUCCAGGGAAUCACCAAGGGACGCAGCGGACUGGGCUCCAUCUUCGUCUGGGCUUCGGGUAAUGGUGGCCGGGAGCAAGACAGCUGUAACUGUGACGGCUACACGAACAGCAUUUACACCCUGUCCAUCAGCAGCACCACGCAGUCCGGCAACGUGCCGUGGUACAGCGAGCCCUGCUCCUCCACCCUCGCUACCACCUUCAGCUCUGGAAACCCGGGGGAGAAGCAGAUAGUGACCACCGACCUGAGGCAAAAAUGCACAGACUCUCACACGGGGACGUCCGCGUCAGCACCGCUCGCUGCUGGGAUCAUCGCUCUAGCUCUGGAGGCCAAUAUGAACUUAACUUGGAGGGAUAUGCAGCACCUGGUGGUGAGAACAUCCCAGCCCGGGCGUCUCAGCGCUGGUGACUGGAAGACCAACGGAGUGGGGCGCAGAGUGAGUCAUUCGUACGGUUAUGGGCUCCUGGAUACAGGUGCUCUGGUGGCGUUGGCACAGAAUUGGACAUCAGUGGGACCGCAGCACCAGUGUGUUAACACGAUGCUUUCAGAACCAAGAGACAUCGGGAACAAACUGGUGUUCAGCAAGAGCGUGGAUGCCUGCUGGGGACGACCAGAGCAUGUCAGCUCCCUGGAACACGUUCAGGCUCGCCUCACUCUCUCCUACAACCAGAGAGGAAAAUUGGCCAUUCAUCUCAUCAGCCCGCUGGGUACACACUCCACCCUGCUGUUCCCCAGGCCCAAUGACUUCUCCUCAGAGGGUUUCAAUGAUUGGGCCUUUAUGACCACACACUCAUGGGACGAAGACCCUCAAGGAGAGUGGACCCUGGAGAUAGAAAAUGUAGCACCUAAUGGACGUGACUAUGGUGUGUUGAGUCAAUUCACCCUCAUCCUGUGGGGAACUGGGCCCAGCAUAGUCAACCCCUCGUCCCCUGACUUCCCUCGGCCGUCCAACAACAGCUGCAAGACAUUCGAUGCCCAGCAGAUCUGUAUCGAGUGCAGCCCUGGCUUCUCCCUCUUCCUGCAGGGUUGUGUGAAGUUGUGUCCGCCAGGCUUCACGUCGGGGCAGCAGCUCCUCAACCUCUCUCUGGAGAACUGGGUAGAUUUGUCCUCCGUCCAGGCGUGCCUGCCCUGCAAUCCUGCCUGUCUCACUUGCUCUGGCACCGGGCCUGCAGAUUGCCUGUCCUGCCCUCCUCACAGCCAUCUGGUCUUCACCUCCUGUUUGCACCAGAACCAAGUCCAGCGAAAAUCCCCUCUAACUGGAGGACUCCAGGGUGACGGAGCGCAGCCAGAAGGUGCGAGUCCAGCAGCAGCAGACCACGACAGCAAAGUAGCUGAGGAAUCCCCAGGGCUCAUUGUAGCUCCGUCCACUCAACUCCCCGCCGUCGUGGCCCUUCUCAGCUGUGCCUUCAUCCUGGCUGCCUUCGUCGGGGUCUUCUUCUUGCUGCAGUUACGCUCAGGUGGCGCUUCUGCCUGGAGGACCAAAUUGCCCUCUGGAUUUUCAGAGACGAACGGGGUGCGGGUGGGCUUUGGUUUUGGCUUCCGGCAAGGACGGGAGAGAAAGGCAAGGAUAUGCUACAAAGGAAUCCCCACUGUGUGGGCAGAUGAGGACAUGAUUGCCUACGAGUCUGAAUCAGACAGCGAGGAAGUGGACGGUCACAGCGAGAGAACAGCUUUUAUUAAGACGCAGAGCUCAAUCUAGCUGAAGCUGCAUCUGCUGUUGUGGUGUCUGACACGACGACAGGUCUGACUGCACGGAGCUGAUUCGUGAAGCAGAAUCGCACAGGUUCAGAAAAACACAAAGCGCAGGCCUUACUGUCCCAUCAGCACCCCAUCCAAACGCAAAAGAGCCAAUCAAUUUUUUCUUGUAUUUAUUUGCUACAAGCUUCACGUGUAUUUUCAUGUAUUUUAUCUUUUAUUUGAUUGAUGUCAGUUGUAUUGAUAAGCUUUGUCACCAUUUAAAUGUAUUAUGCAGCUAAUUUACUUUGCAAAUAUUUUUCAGAGUGCUUUCCAGAAAAUGAGUACUGCCACACCCUUAAAGCUUGGAUACCUAACAGGAGAGAGUUAGAGACAGAAUGGUCUAAUAUUAAGCAGCAGAGACCAAGAUAUCCUGAGUUUUGAAGAGGCACGACCAUGACGUUGUGCAACUCCACCUAGAAUAAAUAAACAUACCUUAUUUAAAUUUGGCAACAAUGCAGUGCAUUCAGCGCGACUGCUAUUUUUGAUCAGCCACUAGAAUUUUCCUUCUGACCGCCUGUGCGUCUGUGACGGUUGCUGUAUCUCCACCACCAGAGUGCAAACUCAAAAUUAUCCUGUGGCCAUAUGCUGCAGGCGUGCAAAGGCAAACAAGGAAGAUUAGAAUAUUUUGGCUUUUAUUGGAAUAUUUUCUCUCUGAUGCCUCGGGAUAUUAUAGCAUUACAGAGACAAGGGUGACAAAAUCACAGUCCACACCACCAGGAAAGUGUUCCUGUGCUCGUGGUUGUGUUCGCGGCUUGAUGCAGCGCCUUCAGGCACUUCCACUGAAAAGUGCAUUCUGGUGUUUUGUGUUGUAGUUUGUAACCCUCUGCUCUCAUCACUGUGGAUGAUCUUUUAUGUGACAUCCUGGUCAGUUUGAGAGGGAAGUUGUUUACUCGAGGCAUUUGAGGUCGCGAUGAAUCUGCCGAGAUGCAUGUGAUGAAAAGGGCAGCUCCAGGGAGUGACUUAAGAAAAAAAAUAGUGGGAGUGCUGGAAGCACUCGAGAAGGUCAAGCUGACCUUGAAGGGGAGCUCAAAUUCAGGUUGGGUAUGGUUUUUGCUUUUUAUAGACAAAGUUGCAAACUUUUGAUUGCAUUUGUAGGUCAAGGCCCCAAAUCGAUGAAUAUUAGUGUCGAACUGAAUAUCUGUAAAUUUCAAACUAUAUAUCUGCACUUGGUAAUACAUGGUUCCUGAGGGGGAGAAAAAAAACAGCGCCCCCUAGCAUAAAAACUAAUCAGAACUCGGAGUAACCUUGAUGGAAUCACAGUAGUUAAUUAUUCAGGCUUAGCAAAGCACCUCCAGAAGUAAAGGCCUUAUUCAGAGGCUGAGAAGCACAUGUGCCAAGCAGUGUGUAGAAAUGUGUGGAUUGGCCCUUUACUCCAUUACUUUAUCUAAGGCAUAUCUAAUUUGUCUCAACUACAAACAUCAGGCCUCUACUUCAGGUGGACUUCUAAUAUAUUGCUGUUGUUAUCUUUCAUCAGAGACCUGACAGAUUGCAGGCCAGGGGUUAUAAAGUUGACUCGCUGUUCAUUAAUGCUAAGAAAAACUUUAAAUUGAGGAUUUCUGCAGCGCGCUGGGACAGCAUAAUAAAACAUCCCCGCAGGUUGUUUGAUAAGCAGGAAACUGUGGAGGAUGCUCUGUUUUCAAUCAAGCCUCAGUGGGAAUUUCCACUGCAGCGCAGACACCAGAGAUGGUACAUCAAUCACACAGAAAUGUGCCGAAUUACAGUGAGCAGCACUGUUUUUUUAAUGACAUUAACCACUCAGCCCAAAAGCUGCUUGGCUAACCUUGUGAAGCAUUGUGCCACUUGGUUACUGCGGGUGAGAAACAAUAUAAUUCUCUCUUCAUUUUCCCCCCAGAGUGUGCUUUAUAUUGAUUUUGGGGCUUCUCUUUCAGAACAUCUUCAUCAAAGUGAAGCGUCCUCCCUUUCUGCUGUGAACACCAAACAUAAAAGGACAAAUUCAUGCUUUAUAUUCUCUCUAUAACGACGUAGACUUGCAGUUACGUGGCCAAAUCAAAGCCUUUGGAUCCAAAAGACCAGAAUGGCUAGUGAUUAAAAAAAAAUCAGAAGAUAAUGAUUCAAUUUUCUAUGUUUGUUUUUAUUUUUAAUCCUUUUUUUUACUAUUUAACUGAUGAUGGAUGUUAUGUGUUGAGAUCAAUUUCAUGCUGGAUUAAUUAAAAAAAAAAAGUUUGGCUGUUGUAAA